UUGGUAGCCCUGUACAAUUGCUGUCAUCCUUCAUUCCAUUCAAUUUUUCUUUUCUUCUCAACAACAAACAAUAUCGUGUUUUUCUCUAGUAUUGAUUGAGGUAUAUAAAUAUUGGAUUACGAUGAUUUUAGAAGGGAGCGUGGUGAAGGACGAAGUCAUGGAAGUGGAGUCCGCCUCAGGUGCGGGCGCUUCAGGAGCUGCCUCUUCAUCUGCAGUUAACUCUCUUGAUAAGAGCUGCAUCUCCAUGGACACCUCGGAGGGUGGCGAGGAGAAGAGCGUCAUGGCAAUGGGAACUGCAGGAUCAGUAAUUUGUUCUCUGCAUCCUUUGGUCAUCAUGAAUGUGUCCGAGCACUGGACCAGAUCUCGAGCCCAGAAUGCAAAGACUUUGAGAGUUCUUGGUGCUUUGAUUGGAAAACAGAAGGGCAGGAACAUUGAGAUCAUGAAUUCAUUUGAAUUGGUUUUCAGCGAGAUUGAUGAAGAUGUUGUGAUUGAUAGGGAAUAUUACAAAAUGAAAGAAGAGCAAUUUAAACAAGUUUUUCAAGAAAUGGAUUUUAUUGGAUGGUAUAUAACUGGAGAUAGUGCAAACACCAUGGAUAUCAAAAUCCAUAAGCAGAUAUGCGAUAUUAACGAGUCGCCGAUCAUGAUGAAGCUGAAUCCGUUCGACAAAAACAUCGAUCAUCUUCCGGUUACUCUUUACGAGUCUGUGAUUGAUUUGGUUGGAGGAGAUGCAACUAUGUUGUUUGUACCUUUAACUUACACCCUGGCCACUGAAGAGGCUGAGCGAAUUGGUGUAGAUCACGUAGCUAGGAUGACGUCCACGGAUUCCGGCGAGAGCAGUUUGGUUGCCGAACAUCUAACCGCUCAGCAUAGCGCCAUAAAGAUGCUGCAUUCUCGAGUGAAAUUGGUGUUGGAAUACAUGAAAGCGGUACAGAGUGGGCAGCUGCCCAAGAAUCAUGAAAUCUUAAGGGAGGCGUACUCUUUGUGCCAUCGAUUGCCCGUGUCACAGUCGUUGAGAUUCCGACAGGACUUCUACAACCAAAGCAACGACGUAGCUCUAAUGACUUAUCUGGGAACGCUGACAAAGGGUUGCAACGAUCUGAACCAAUUCGUCAACAAGUUUAUAAUUUUAUAUGAUAGGCAGGGAGCAGGGCGUAGGAUGAGGGGAAUCUUCUUUUAGCCAAAUUAAUUAUAUGUAAUAUACAUUAUUUUCGGUAAUUUAUUUUCUAAAUGUAAUAAUAAUAAUUAUAGUAUAAUGUAAUAAUAAACAAUCCUUUAAUACAACCUGUCUUUCAAAGAACCGCUUGUAUACUCGGCAAGUAUCAAAAAUUUGUAAACAUUUAUGUUUUUCUUUUGUUUGGGAAGACUUUCUAUAAUUAUAAUUUGUAUGUGUAU